AUGUGGCUUCCAUCGCCGCCGGUUUACAUCAAAGCCGCUAGGGUCGAGAUUGAUUCAUACUGGCCAAUGGUGUUCAAAAGGAUGGCUGAGAAGCGUAAUGUCACUGACUUCACCAUGAAUGUCGGUGAUGGUGGCGGUGGAUGUGGUGCGCCUGUUGCUGCCGCUACAUCUCCUGCUGGUGGAGGAGCUGCGUUGCCGCUCCUGCUAAGGAGGAGAAGAAAUAUGAACCAACAGGAGAUAGCGAUGGAGAUAUUAGAUUUGGCUUGA